AUGGAUGCAGAGCAACUGAGAGAGAAUGCACAUAUAAUGGUUGAUUUUAUUGCUGAUUAUUACAAAUCCAUUGAGAAUUUCCCUGUUCUCAGUCAAGUUGAGCCAGGAUAUCUACGCAAACUUCUGCCGGAUUCUGCUCCAAAUCAACCUGAAUCACUGCAAAAUGUUCUUGAUGAUGUUCAAGCAAAGAUAUUACCGGGAGUGACCCAUUGGCAAAGCCCCAAUUAUUUUGCUUAUUAUCCAUCUAACAGCAGUGUCGCCGGAUUUUUGGGAGAAAUGCUUAGUGCUGGUAUUAAUAUGGUGGGUUUUAGUUGGAUAACUUCUCCUGCUGCAACUGAGCUUGAAAUGAUUGUUCUAGAUUGGCUUGGUAAAUUGCUCAAGUUACCCCAAGAUUUUCUCUCCACUGGACAAGGUGGUGGAGUGAUACAGGGCACUGCAAGUGAAGCUGUUCUAGUUGUACUUGUGGCUGCCCGUGAUAAGGUCUUGAGGAGGCUUGGAAAAAAUGCCCUUCAAAAGCUUGUGGUUUAUGCGUCUGACCAAACACACUCUGCUUUGCAAAAAGCCUGCCAGAUAGGAGGGAUCCAUCCAGAAAAUUGCAAACUGCUAAAAACAGAUUCUUCAACGGAUUAUGCCCUUUCUCCAGAUUUACUUAGUAAAGCAAUUUCAGAUGACAUUUCCUUGGGAUUGAUCCCAUUCUUUUUAUGUGGCACAGUAGGUACUACAUCAUCAACAGCUGCUGAUCCUUUGCUUGCCUUGGGAAAGAUUACUAAGAGUAAUGGAAUAUGGUUUCAUGUGGAUGCUGCAUAUGCUGGAAGUGCUUGUAUAUGCCCAGAAUAUCGCCCAUACAUUGAUGGUGUUGAAGAAGCUGACUCUUUUAACAUGAACGCUCAUAAAUGGUUUCUAACGAACUUUGAUUGUUCGGCUCUUUGGGUAAAGGAUAGGAAUGCUUUAAUCCAGUCCCUCUCCACAAAUCCAGAGUUCCUGAAGAACAAAGCUUCUCAAGCAAACGACGUUGUGGACUACAAAGAUUGGCAAAUUCCUCUUGGACGUCGAUUUAGAUCACUGAAACUGUGGAUGGUACUGCGUUUAUAUGGUUUGGAAAAUUUACAAUGCUACAUCAGAAAUCAUAUCAACUUGGCUAAAUGUUUUGAAGGACUUGUUGCUGCAGAUUCAAGAUUUGAGGUGGUUACCCCUCGGAUAUUUUCAUUGGUUUGUUUUCGCCUUCUACCUCCUGACAACAGUGAAGAUCACGGAAACAGUCUGAACCAUGACCUAUUAGAUGCUGUAAACUCAACUGGGAAAAUUUUCUUAUCGCAUACAGUUCUGUCAGGCAAGUACAUAUUGCGUUUUGCUGUGGGAGCACCCUUGACUGAAGAGAGGCAUGUUACUGCAGCAUGGAAGGUUUUGCAAGAUGAGACCUCUGCUUUAUCGAGGAGUCUAUAA